GAAUGGCGGAAGUGACAGUAAGCGCGCCGCGUCUAUGUGGGGCUUUCUAGGGCUGUCCCUUACAAAUGCCUGCAAAGAAAGCUGAUGACAGCGAGGGGGCGCCCGCGGCCGUGCCUGACUGAUUGUCCCUAAUUAGCUCUAAUUACCUGGCUGUAAUAAAGCAGAGCUGAGCUCAGGUGUGGCAGAAUGUAUGUGGCUCAUAGGAACACUUUCUAGAUGAUACAUUUUGUGUUAUGGCGUACACUUCUGUAUACAGAGCAGAGCUGUUCCCACUAGACGCCCCAUCACCUGUCGUCUUCCAUGAAACUCAAACAGACAGGUGCGGAUUAUUUGUUUCCUUUUGGGUAUAUAAGACCCUACAGUCCCUGCAGGAUUUGAGACGUUAAAUUAUCGUAUGACUCUGGGGUCUCUUGAAGCCCUUCAAGAUUGACGAAAGGGGACAGAUCCCCAGACUGUACUGCUUAGACCUACCUCACUACUGAAGAAAAUGCUUUGGUUCCUAAUCAUUCUGGCCGCCUCCUCGGUGAGUUCAGCUCCUUUUCUUGAGGAAGAGGAAGGAUCUGGCUUUACACAUAUGGACUCAAAUCAGGAAAGUCCUCAGAUGGCUUCUGUUUUUGGAGCUCACAGCGUUCCACCUUUGGCCUUCCUCAACAACCCCUUUAUCAGAAGGGACAGAACAGAUUCCUUUAAGACCAUUUCUCAAAAUAUACAGAGUGUUCCUUCAAAGGAUCACAUGGGAGAAGAUGCAUUCCGAAAGAAACUGGUUUGGGAAAAUGCCAUAAAGAAGGAGAAAACAAGGUCCCGUCCGGACCAGGUGCUGCCGAUUGGACAAGAUGCCUUGAAAAGAUCACGAUGCAAUGCCCUGCCAUUUAUACAGAAUGUCUUCAGGAAGAACUGCGCUCCAUUGCGGAUUCCCAAUAAAUUUUGCUUUGGUCAGUGCAAUUCCUUCUACGUUCCAGGUUGGCCCUCUGGGCUGUCGCAGCCCUGCACGUCAUGCUCUCCCAUUCGUUCCAGACUCAUCUCUGUCCCCCUGCACUGUCGCGGUGGCCACCUGUCAUGGGAAGAGGUGGUUCUCGUAGAAGAAUGUGACUGUGAGACUCGCUUCGAUCGGGUUGGCAGCGGCGAGGGUUUCCUGCCAGUGCCCUAAACGCAACAGACUGUAAUGACAGACUCUGUCCGACACAGGGCCUCUGUAAUGGCCUCUGACCUCCUAUAGUCCUCUUGCCACAGGAAAUGUGGGAUCCCCUCAAAGCCCCCCUGUCAGGCGUAUGACGCAGCCAGUUAAUGGUUUUUAUUUAUUUCUUUUUAUAGAUUUAUUUUGUGUAUAGAUUUUUUGACGCUGCUUCCUUUAGACGGGGAUGCAAAACAAAUAUUAACAAAAGAAUGUUUUACAUUCUGUAUUCAGGUUUUACUGUCUUUUUAGAUGGUUUUGUAACUUUUUUUUUUUUUAUAAAUUUUUUUGGGUACAUUCCUUAAAUCACUUGUGACUUAACGAGAGAU